AUGGCACCCGCUAAUGCCGGCAAGCGAGUCAAGGGCGUACAGAUCUAUCGCCCCUUCAUAUACGGCACCACUGCGCGUCCCUUCAACGACACUGACAACAUUCGUCCCCCGGGCGUACCAAUCGACCACACCCACAGCUGGACAGUAUUCGUCAAGGGAGUAGAGGAUACGGAUAUCUUUUAUUGGCUCCGUCGCGUUCAGUUUAAGCUACAUGAAUCGAUUCCGAACCACUUGCGUACUUGCGACGCUGAGCAGAUCAUCCGAGACAACGAGAACAAGCCCGCGGCCAAGAAGCAAAAGGGUUUCGUGGUAAACGAGACGGGAUGGGGAGAGUUUGAAAUCACCAUCAAGUUGUACUACGACAGCAAGAGCGGCGAGAAGCCCCAGACCUUGUACCACCACCUGCGCCUUCACCCGUAUGGCCGCACAGAAGAGGAGAGGGAGGCCAUGCGCAACAAUGGCACUGGCGAGGUUCUUGCUUGGACAUAUGAGGAACAGCUUUUCAAUGAGCCGUUUGAAGAGUUUUACAAGACCCUGACGUCGGGGGCGCAUAACAAGGGACAGCCGCCGCCAGGCGGCAAGGGCAAAGGCAAAGGCAAGGCCGCCCCCAACCAAGGCAAGCAAGAGGAAGGCGACGUCAAGGAACGCAGUGCCAUGAUACCAUUGAUGAAUCGACCUGGCCAACCAUUCUCUCGGGAGACGGAACAACUGGAACUUAAGAGGUUGAAGGAGGCAGAAGAGAAGGUUUCAGCCAUGAUCCUUGAGCUCAACAAGCAGACGAAGCAGAAAGAGACCGAGUUAGCGGCCCUCAAGGCAGCCAAUAGUCAGGCUGCACCGGCAUAG